AUGAUUUUGAAAAAACCCAAAAAAUCGUUUUACUGUGUGACGGGAUAUUUGCCGCCAAUUAAUACAAUACUUGACGAUAAUUGUGAAACCAAUAUAUCAGUAAAAUUUAAUAAGUCAUCCUGUUGUCAAUUGGGCGACGAUUUUAGUCCGUCGGUGACCGCCCGGUGCGAUCGCGGCCUAAUGUAUAUCAAUGUUGUAACCCAACAGCCGUUUUGGGGUGUAGUCCAUACCCACGAGCAUCGCCAGCACCCGUGUCUAGUGGAUGGCCAGGGUAGCCUAAAUACUACACUGAAAGUUAGUCUAUUGGCCAAUGAAAACGAUGAAAUCUAUUGCGGUGUCCAAAAAUAUAAGGGCGAAAGGGCUGUCUAUUUGAAUGUUAGACCACAUAAAUCACUGGAACUGUCGGACGAUAAAAAUUAUAUACUAACCUGUGGACAGUCGGCUUAUAAAAAUGUCCGUGGCGGUACAUAUAAAGUAACACUAAAGUUAACCGACACUAAUGGCCAACGAUCGGGACGUGUAAUACAUGGGAACUCAUAUAUAUUGAGAGCACAGUUGACUCCAUACGAUAGCAUAACAUCUCUACGUUUGAAAAGUUGUUUUGCAUUUUCGGAUGACUAUACAAACAUUGCCGAAAAGUCAGGACAGGUUGAACUGGUCGACCGGUUCGGGUGUCCCGUGAAUGAUGACCUGAUGUCACCGUUUGUCUACAAUUCGACCGAUUCGGCCGAAUCGGUAAUCUACGAAAUGUUCAAAUUUCCCGACGGAAACAAAUUGAAUAUACAGUGCGACGCUGUCCUAUGUCGGGGCGGUUGUCAGGAACCGGUAUGCGAUAGUAGUAGUAGUGCCGGUUCAGGCCAUAAGGGUGGCCGUGAUCUGGCUUUAGACGGCUAUUCACAGCUAUCGGCGUCGACAUCGGUCUAUGUUUUUGAACCAUCAGACGAGUCAUUAACACUGGAAAACCUAUCGGAAUGUACUGAAUGGCGGUUCCCAUGGCUUAUAACACUAUGUAUAAUAUUAGCCAUACUAUUGUUAUUGAUGUUAUUGGUUAAUAUGUUUAUGUGUUCAUCCCUGACCUGCCGGUGCAUCAAAACUGAGAUUGAAGAACAAGAACCGGACCAAACGGUCGACGAGUACGACCCCUAUAGGGCUGACUGGACUACAGCCAACUCCCGGUACGGGGGGUCGCGUAUGUCGAUCAACGAUACGACCCUAAAGUCUAAUCCGAUCCGAUCUCAUCAUAAAUCAUACGGUGAUUUGCGGUCACCGGCUAAUACAGGUGGCGGUGACAUUGGCUAUCAUAACGAUAGCUAUAUACCCGAUCAUCAUCGGUCAUACUCGACACUACCCUAUCAUAGAUCACCGGCACCUCCCGGACCUGGACUGCCCGGACCCCCCCUAUCAACCUAUUCGACACAAUCGUUGAAAAAACAGAAACCAAUUAAGACUAUCGAAAUUGAUUAUUCAUUGGAUAAUAAUAAUAAUAAUAAUAAUAAUUUAAACAAUCCUAACCAACCGUAUACUGAUUAUCGUAGAUAA